AUGCCACGCCAUAUAGCCCACGAUAGCGACGACGAAGAACCUCUCGAUGACAAGACAGCUGCAUUACAGCUACGCUCCAAGCGCACCGAGCGCCAGAAGAAGCAGAGGGUAAAGCGGGACCGCAAACGCGAUGCCAUCAUUAGUCUUACGAAACUGCCCACUGAGCUGAUCAUUGAAUCUCUUACGUAUCUGCAACCAGGAGAUGUCCUGAACUUCAGUCAUACCAAUCGCCGCUUCCGUUCUCUCGUCGAUGCCAACUCGAACGUCAUCGGUAACGCCAUCAUUCAGCAGCGUUACACGCUUCUCGCCCAAUGCCUCGUCCUACCAAAGCUUCUCACCGAGAUAGAUGCUUCCGCGCGCCCUUUGCUGGUGGACGAACGACGACAGGAGUUUCUUGGUAUCCAUCGCAAGCCCUAUCAACACUUGCAACCGCCGGACCAGCAUUUCGUAUGCACAUGCCUUUCCUGCAUCCUGGCUUGGAAUAACCUCUGUGUGGCGCUUGAUUUUGCGCAUUGGCAGACGCACCUUGACACGGGCGAACCGCUGCCUAUGAUACCACGAGGUACGACACCUGAGUGGAACCGAGAGCUGGUGCGUCGGAAUGCACAAGUCGUCCGCACCGCUCUGCAGAACCCACUCUGGCAUGCACGAAUACUCGAGAUGCAUCUCGACAGCACCAUACAGGCAAUCAGAAGGCAGUCCAAGAAUAAGGGCAAUAAGCGCAAGCACGUCGAGAUGACAGACGAAGAUGCUGCUCGUGGUACAGAUGCCUUCCUAUCGAAACCGGGGCCGUUAAGCUUGGAGUUUCCUUAUCAUCGCGACAAUUACCAUUUGCUGGAGGCAUACCUACCAAACAGGUAUUGGAAAAAGAGCGAAGAGAGGUGGAUCUAUGGCACAGCGGUUCAUCAUGAGCGUGAUCUGGCCUAUGUGCUUCGAGGUGUGUUGCCCGCUGGAUCGAAGCCGCUUGGGACAGUGGCAUGA